CAAAGUACACUUUUCAGAAACUUUAACCAUUAUCUUUGCCAUUAACCGUAGUCAUAGUCCGUAAAGCAGAGAUGUUUUACGUGGGAGUGGACGUGGGUACAGCGAGUGUGAGGGCAGCUCUUGUGACCAGAGAGGGUUUUCUCAAGAGUACAGCGGAAGAGCCCAUCAGCAUCUGGGAGCCUCAGUCCGACCACUAUGUCCAGUCCUCCUCUGAAAUCUGGGAAAAAUGCUGCAUUGUAGUCCAGAGGGUUGUCACUGGUGUUGAGAGGGGCCAGGUACGAGGCAUAGGAUUUGAUGCUACCUGCUCUCUUGUGGUUUUGGACCAGUGUUUUCAGCCCAUUUCUGUCUGUGACAGUGGAGACAGAGAUAAGAAUGUUAUAAUGUGGAUGGACCACCGAGCAGCAGAACAGGCUGUUCGUAUUACAAACACUGGUCACCAGGUUCUGAGUCGAGUUGGAGGGGUCAUGUCUCCAGAGAUGCAGCCCCCUAAACUCCUGUGGCUCAAAGAGAAUCUGAGAGAAAGUUGCUGGAACAAAGCAGCACAUUUCUUUGACCUUCCAGACUUCCUGUCUUGGAAAGCAACAGGCUCAUUGACUAGGUCUUUAUGCACUUUGGUGUGUAAAUGGACAUAUUGUCCCCCCGGUGGAUGGGAUGAUAGUUUUUGGACUACUAUUGAACUUGGUGACCUCUUGGAAAGCAACUACUCUAAAAUUGGUAAUGUGACCUGCCCCCCUGGCAGUGCACUAGGGCAGGGCCUGACAGCAGAGGCUGCUGCUGAUUUGGGUUUGGAUCCAGGAACUGCAGUUGGUGCUUCUCUUAUUGAUGCCCAUGCUGGAGGAUUAGGUGUUAUAGGUGCAGAUGUCAGAGGCUUUAACUUACCAUGUGAUUGCCAGCCUAUCACUUCACGAAUGGCUAUGAUCUGUGGGACAUCAACCUGUCACAUGGCAAUUAGCCAUAAACCUCUGUUUGUGCCUGGUGUUUGGGGACCUUGUUUGUCUGCAAUGGUGCCAGGUUUUUGGCUAAAUGAAGGAGGCCAGAGUGCAACAGGAAGACUGGUCGAACACAUGGUGAAGGGCCAUGCUGCUUACACUCAGCUUCAAGAGCAGGCAAAACAAAAGUGUCCUUGUACUGGGGAGAACGUCUACUCAUACUUAAACAGUCUUUUGAACACUAUGAAUGGCCCUACCUCUCCAGUUGACCUGCUCACUUCCUCUUUACAUGUAUGGCCUGACUUUCAUGGAAAUAGGUCACCACUGGCAGACCCAUCAUUAAAGGGAAUGGUUGUUGGACUCACAUGUUCCCAAACGCUUGAAGAUCUGGUAUUACUCUAUCUAGCGACUGUACAAGCUCUAGCUCUUGGUACAUUACAUAUUCUUGAAGCGAUGAAAGAGGCUGGUCAUGACAUCAAAACAAUUUUCUUUUGUGGGGGUCUCAGUAAAAAUCCACUUUACGUUAAGGUCCAUGCAAAUGCAACAGGACUGCCUGUGGUGUUGCCAGACCAGAUGGAGGCAGUGUUGGUGGGAGCAGCAGUUCUUGGUGCCUGCGCUUCUCAAGACUAUAGUUCAAUACAGGAGGCCAUGGGUAAAAUGGCUAAAGUGGGUAGUGUUGUUUGGCCUGACGAUGAAGUAAAGAGCUUCUAUAAAAGAAAGUACAGUGUGUUUCUGCGCCUUUUCGACCACCAGAGGGAGUACCAGGCUCUCAUGAAUCCAAGAUGACACAGACCAUGUGACGUACAAUUUGGAGAUGGAUAAUUUACUCACUGGAAACAUAAAUGACUGAAAAGCCAAUGUGCAUUUAGUUUCCUUUUUCCACUUUGCUGUUGAAUAGGGAAAUAAUAUUUUUUGAUAAUCUGAAGAUUAGGUGAGACUGUGAUUGUAUCUAUACAAUAUGCAUACAAAGAUUAAAACAUAGUACUAACCCCAACAAGGAUAUUACAGACUGUAUUCAUUCGUAGAAAGUUUUUUUUUUUUUUUUUUACUAAUGACUCAAAACAAACAACCUUCUGUUACACUAUUGCAAAAUACAAAUAUUUUC